AUGUCCUUGAUCUGCUCUAUCUCCAAUGAGGUGCCGGAGCACCCGUGCGUGUCCCCCGUCUCCAACCACAUCUACGAGCGGCGCCUCAUUGAGAAGUACAUCGCCGAGAACGGCACUGACCCCAUCAACAACCAGCCGCUGUCCGAGGAGCAGCUGGUGGACAUCAAAGUGGCUCACCCAAUCCGGCCCAAGCCUCCCUCGGCCACCAGCAUCCCAGCCAUUCUGAAAGCCCUGCAGGAUGAAUGGGACGCGGUCAUGCUGCACAGCUUCACUCUGCGCCAGCAGCUGCAGACCACCCGCCAGGAGCUGUCCCACGCGCUGUACCAGCACGACGCCGCCUGCCGGGUCAUCGCCCGCCUCACCAAGGAGGUCACCGCUGCCCGAGAAGCUCUGGCGACGCUGAAACCGCAGGCCGGCCUCAUUGUGCCACAGGCCGUGCCCAGCUCCCAGCCCAGCGUUGUGGGGGCAGGUGAGCCGAUGGAGCUGGGCGAGCUGGUGGGAAUGACCCCCGAGAUUAUCCAGAAGCUGCAAGACAAGGCCACCGUGCUGACCACGGAGCGUAAGAAGAGAGGGAAGACGGUGCCUGAGGAGCUGGUGAAGCCGGAGGAGCUCAGCAAGUACCGGCAGGUGGCUUCCCACGUGGGCCUGCACAGCGCCAGCAUCCCUGGGAUCCUCGCCCUGGACCUCUGUCCUGCCGACACCAACAAGGUCCUCACCGGCGGGGCGGAUAAGAACGUCGUCGUCUUCGACAAGAGUUCCGAGCAGAUCCUGGCCACCCUCAAGGGCCAUACCAAGAAGGUCACCAGUGUGGUGUUCCACCCCUCCCAGGAGCUGGUGUUCUCUGCCUCCCCUGACGCCACCAUCAGGAUCUGGUCGGUCCCGAGCUCCUCCUGCGUGCAGGUGGUGCGUGCCCACGAGAGCUCCGUGACGGGCCUUAGCCUCCACGCCACCGGCGACUAUCUUCUGAGCUCCUCGGACGACCAGUACUGGGCCUUCUCUGACAUCCAGACCGGGCGCGUGCUCACCAAGGUGACGGACGAGACCUCCGGCUGCGCUCUCACCUGUGCGCAGUUCCAUCCCGACGGGCUCAUCUUUGGGACGGGAACCAUGGACUCGCAGAUCAAGAUCUGGGACCUGAAGGAGCGCACCAACGUGGCCAACUUCCCUGGCCACUCGGGCCCCAUCACCAGCAUCGCCUUCUCCGAGAACGGUUACUACUUGGCCACGGCGGCCGACGACUCCUCCGUCAAGCUCUGGGACCUGCGCAAGCUCAAGAACUUCAAGACGCUGCAGCUGGAUAACAACUUCGAGGUGAAGUCCCUGAUCUUUGACCAGAGCGGCACCUACCUGGCGCUGGGGGGCACCGACGUCCAGAUCUACAUCUGCAAGCAGUGGACGGAGAUCCUGCACUUCACAGAGCACAGUGGCCUGACCACCGGGGUGGCCUUCGGGCAGCACGCCAAGUUCAUCGCUUCCACCGGCAUGGACAGGAGCCUCAAGUUCUACAGCGUGUAG